UAAGUGUCUGACUGCUCACCGAGGAAGAGGAGGAGGAAGCGGAGGUGGGAGAGCGGGCUCGAUGCGUCAGCCGAUGCUGCUGCUGCUGCUGCUGAUGAUGAUGAUGGUGAAGAAGAAGAUGAAGAUUGCGCUGCUCGGCGGUCCCUUGACAUCUUGAGAAGAGCUCCUGUUGGGGGGGAGGAGCGAUGGGAGACGGGGGCCCCCUCCAGGUGGAAGGCAACGCCCUCCUCAAGGCCGUCUUCCAGGGCAAGCUGAGGCUAACCCGCCUGCUGCUGGAAGGCGGCGCCUACAUCAACGAGGGCAAUGAGCUCGGCGAAACCCCCGUCUCCGUCGCCUGCCUGGCGAACUACGAGGAUCCCCAGAUGCGGCACAGGAUGGUGCGCUACCUGCUGGAGCAAGGCGCUGAUCCCAACAUCCCCGACAAGAGCGGGAGGACAGCCCUGAUGCACGCCUGCGCCAAGCCGGCCGGUAGGGAGGUGGUCUCGCUCCUGCUGCAAAACGGGGCAGACCCCAGCCUCAAAGACUACUCGGGAAGCUCCGCCCUCAUGCACGCCCUCAACAGGGGGGACCGUGACACGCUGCAGAUCCUGUUGGACUUCUGCAGGGCCAAAGGCAAGGAGGUCAUCAUCAUCACAACGGACACGUCUCCGUCCGGGACCAAAAAGACAAAGCAGUACCUCAACUCUCCUCCGUCUCCGGGCGUGGCCGACAAGUCAUCCCCCGCCUGCAUGUCGCCGUCGGAGGUGGAGAUCACCACCUCGUCGCCGGCAGAGGACGGAAUGUUCAGCUUUGCCGUGGCCUCCGCAUUGCCCCUGACCUCCACCGCCCGGCCCCACGGGGACAAGAGGCCGCCCCCCCGCAAGCUGCUCAAGAGGCUCAACUCGGAGCCGUGGGGCCUGGUGGCGCCCUCGGUGUCGUGCGCGGUCAACCAGGAAAGUGCGAGGGGGUGCCUGGAUGAGGAGGAGAGCGGCUGCGACCUGAGCAGAGCAUUGAUAGAAAUGAACGGGCUGCGCCUCGCCGAGCCGACGAGACCCCUGUUGUCACGGCGACACAGCAUCGAGACUCACGACCCAUGCUCGGUCAAAGUCGUGGACCUGACUUCCUUCGAAGACUGCGCUGCGCCGUCCUGGGAUGACCAGGUCCAUCAGCACCAAGUCCUAUACCGCAGGAACACGGCGCCAGAGUCCCAGGAAAAGACCGGACCACCUAGCGUCGGGACCGCACAGUUCCUGCCUCACCCCAAACUCCCCCGUGUGGAGCACUCGGAGUCAGACAACCACCUGAGUCCAGAAUCCAUCCCAGGGUCCCCCGACUCCGGGCGGGUGUCUGUGGAGCGUAGGAGGUACAACGCUUCCCCUCUGUCCUUGGUCACCAGUUCCUCUCGGGAGUCUCUAGAAAACAUCCCCAACUCCGUGUCUCCAAUCAGCGUGCGCCGACGCAACCCCGGGCUCCUGGAGCGCCGCGGCUCCGGCACCCUACUCCUGGACCACAUAUCGCACACAAGGCCCGGUUUCCUGCCGCCGCUCAACAUCAACCUCCAUAGACCCAUCCCAGACAUCCGGCCCGGCAGCAAACCGCCCUCUCCGGUCCACGGCGGACACAAGAUCCUGAUUCCCGUGGCCCCGGCCUCGCCAAAACGGGGUCCAGACUUCAAGACCAAGAAGAAGCUGCUGAGAAGACACUCCAUGCAGACGGAGCAGAUGAAGCAGCUCUCCACCUUCCAGGAGAUCCUGGCUGAGAAGGUCAUAGAGUCCAACGGAGACUGAAGCCAAAUGUUUUGAUUCUGUGCCAACAACAAACUUUUGGACCAACACUUUUUGGACAUGCACCUAUUUUAACGUGUGUGGUCAUUGAAAUGACUGAUUGCAGUACUUGGUACUACGUUUACGUAUCUUAAAAAAUUGACUGAUUGCAGUACUCGGUACUGCAAUUACUCAUUUUAGCAAAUUGACUGACUGCAGUACUUGGUACUACGUUCACAUAUUUUAGCUAAAUUAAUUUCAGUACUUGAUAGUACGUUUACCCAUUUUAGCAAAUUUACUGAUUUUAAUACGUGGUACUACGUUUAUUUAUUUGAUUAAAUCGACUUAUUAUAGUAAUUGGUACUACGUUCACGUAUUUUAGCAAAAUUAAUUUCAGUACUUGGUAGUAUGUUAACCCAUUUGGACAAAUUUACUGAUUUUAAUACGUGGUACAACGUUUAUGUAUUUGAUUAAAUCGACUGAUUAUAGUAAUUGGUACUAUGUUUACCUAUCUUAGUAAAUUGACUGAUUGCAGUACCUGGCACAACGUUGACUUAUUUGAGCAAAUUUAUUGAUUUUAGUACUUGGUACUACGUUUAUUGUAGCUAAUUGACUGAUUUCAGUACUUAAUACAUUUACGUAUUUGAGCAAAUUGACUGAAGUACUUGGUACUGCGUUUACGUAUCUUAGCAAAUUGACCGAUUGCAGUACUUGGUACUACGUUUACAGAUUUUAGCAAGUUGAUUUCAGUACUUGGUACCACGUUUAACUAUCUUAGCAAAUUGACAGAUUGCAGUACUUGGUACUACAUUUAGGUAUUUUAACAAAUUGACUGAUUUCAGUACUUGGUACUACGUUUACAGAUUUUAGCAAGUUGAUUUCAGUACUUGGUACCACGUUUACCUAUCGUAGCAAAUUGACAGAUUGCAGUACCUGGUACAACAUUGACUUAUUUGAACAAAUUGACUGAUUUCAGUACUUGGUACUGCAUUGACAUAUUCUAGCAAAUAGACUGAUUUUAAUACUUGGUACUACGUUUACGUAUUUUAGCAAAUUGAUUUCAGUACUUGGUACUACGUUUACAUAUUCGAGCAAAUUGUGUGCUGUACUUGGUACUACGUUUACGUAUCUUAGCAAAUUGACUGAUUGCAGUACUUGGUACUAAGUUUGCGUAUUUGAGCAAAUUGAGUGCUGUACUUGGUACUACGUUUACGUAGCUUAGCAAAUUGACUGAUUUCAGUCUACUUCAGUACUGUUUACAUUUCUUAGCAAAUUGAUUUCAGUACUUCGUACUACAUUUACGUAUUUCAGCACAUUGAGUUCUGUAGAUGGUACUACCUUUACGUAGCUUAGCGAAUUGACUGAUUUCAGUACUUGGUCCCAAGUUUACGCAUUUUACCAAAUUGAUUGAUUGCAGUACUUGAUACUAUGUUUCGGUAUUUGCGCAAAUUGACUGACUGCAGUAUUUGAUAGUACAUUUACAUGACUUAGCAAAUUGACUAAUUGCAGUACUUGGUAUUACGUUUACAUAUCCUAGCAAAUCGACUGCAGUACUUGGUACUACGUUUCCGUAUCAUAGCAAAUUGAUUGCAGUACCUGGUAUUACAUUUGUGUAUCUUAGCAAAUUGACUGAUUGCAGUACUUGGUACUACGUUUACAUAUUUGAGCAAAUGGAAUGAUUGCAGUACUUGGUACUACGUUUACAUAUUUGAGCAAAUUGAUUUCAGUACUUGGUACUACGUUUACGCAUUUUACCAAAUUGACUGAUCGCAGUACUUGGUACUGCGUUUACGUAUUUGACCAAAUUGACUGAUUGCAGUACUUUGUACUAUGUUUACGUAUCUUAACACAUGGUACUACAUUUAAGUAUAUUUAGAAAACAGACUGAUUGCAGUUCUUGGUACUAAGUUUGUGUCUUAGCAAACCGACUUAUUUCAGUACUUUGUACUACAUUUACAAAUCUUGGCAAACAGAAUGAUUGCUGUACUUUGUACUAGGUUUAUGUAUCAUAGUAAACAGACUGAUUGCAGUACUUUGUACUAAAUUUACGUAGCUUAGCAUAUGGUACUACAUUGAGUAUAUUUAGCAAACAGACUGCAGUACUUUUUACUAAGUUUAUGUAUCUUAACAGACUGAUUGCAAUACUUUAUACUAAGUUUACAUAUCUUAGCAAACAGACGGUUGCAGUACUUUGUACUACGUUAAAGAUCUUUAGCAAACUGAUUGCAGUACUUUGUACUACGUUUAAGAUAUUUAGAAAACAGACUGAUGGCAGUACUUUGUACUAUGUUUAUGUAUCUUAACACAUGGUACUACGUUUUAGUAUAUUUAACAAACAGACUGAUUGCAGUACUUUGUACCAAGUUUACGUAUCUUAGCAAACAGACUGAUUGCAGUACUUUAUACUAAAUUUACGUAUCUUAGCACAUGGUACUGUGUAGUGUAAAUUUAGCAAACAGACUGUAGUACUUAGUACAGAUGUUUGCAAUCAGUCUAAGAUAUGUAAACUUAGUACAAAGUUUACAUAUCUUAGCAAGCAGACUGUUUCAGUACUUUGUACUAAAUUUACGUAUCUUAACAGACUGACUGCAGUACUUUGUACCAAGUUCACAUAUCUUAGCAAACAGACUGAUUUCAGCAUUUGGUACUAAGUUUAACUAUAUUUAGCAAACUGACUGAUUGCAGUACUUUGUACUAUGUUUACGUAUCUUAGCAGACUGAUUGCAGUGCUUUGUACUAAGUUUACGUAUCUUAGCAAACAGACUGUUUCAGUACUCUGUACUAUGUUAAAGAUAUUUAGCAAAUUGAUUGCAGUACUUUGUACUACGUUAAAAAUCUUUGGCAAACAGACUGUUUCAGUAAUUUGUACUAAGUUUACGUAUUUUAGCGAACAGACUGACUGCAGUAUUUGGUACUAUGUUUAAGUAUAUUUAGCAAACAACCAGUCAGGGCACAGUGGUUUCUACCUGAAGCUAAAAAGUGUUUGGUUGCAGAAGCAUAAAGUCUCCGCCCUCUGGACUAAAAAUAAUUCAGGGUUGAUGUUUCAGACCUACAGUUUCCCGGACACACCAAGAAAACUGCAUUUAUUUUAUUAAAAGGUGCCGCGGGCUGAAGGCAAACAUAAUAUGAACUUUUUUCCACCACCAGAGGGCACUCAAGGCUCCAUCUCAGCCGUUCAAAAACACAAAAAAAAAGAACAUCAUUGAUAUUUCUUUCCUUUGAUCCGUGGGGUCUUUUCCAGUUUGAUGCUAGCUAGGAGUAAAAAACCCAAAAAAAAAAAGAAAUCGGUUUUAGGUUUUUAAUGGAAAAUAUUUAAAAGUCUUUGUUGCCGCUGUAAUGAAUAAUCAAUGAUCAAUAACGUGAUAAAGACUUGUAUUUAUGAUGCACUUUAACAUUCUUGAGUCAACAUGGCGAUGUUGGACUGUGAAGACGUGCGCUGCGUGCAUGCGUGUGUCGGACAAAUGUGAUAUUUUGUACUAAAUGAACCACUUUUGAUUGUGUGCAAUAAAAAUUCCAACGUUACUAUUCUCAUGUGGGACUCCCAAAACGAGAAAAACAGGAACGACGUCCGGCUUCUGUGUCAUUACAGACGUGCAAAGACUGCUCAAGAUGUCUCUUGUUUAUUCAUCCUCUAACAACGAUAAUGUAAAAAAAAAAAAAGCAUAAAAAGACCUUUUAUUUCUUGAAGAACUUUUUGUUGAGGAGGAAGAUGAGCAAGUUGACGUUGACUCUGGCUUUGUCAAACAUCUUCAUCACGGCCACACCUUCAUAUUGCAAUUGCAGGAGGUCCUGCACACACACACACACACGGAAUAGGGUAUGAAGUUACCCGGGUUUGGGUGCAGACGGGGAAGGGCGCUGCCAAGCGGGUACCUGGUACUUGAGCAGGAACUGUUCCAUGUCCACGCCGAGGAAGCGCGCCGUGACAAAGAAGGUUCCGUUGUGUGGUCCACUAACAAUGUCAAAUAUGACAUUCUUGAACCUGGGAGGAAACAAACCAGAUGUUACUUUCACAAAUUUACAGGAAUGAAUAAUUCAACUGUUUGGUUUUAACAUCAAGUCUUAGAUUCCAACACUUGGUGGGCAACAGGAAUAUAUUUAAUAAUGCUUCCACUGUAUUUUUUUUUUUUUUUAAAGUACUAUAUAAGUGCUCAGAUAGUCCUUAAAAAGUCAAAAAGUUGUUAAGAGAAAGUCAACACAAUGGAGUUUGCAGUGAGCACUUUGUGAAUGUCUGUUUGAUCUUCAAAUAAAGUGUGAAAACAA